AUGCUGCGGAAGUCGAGCACUCAGCGCCGGCAGCCGCCGCUCUGGCGGCGCUGCCGCAGCCUCCGGCAAAUCAAGCAGGUCCACGCCCUCCUGGUCCUCCGGGGCUUCCUCUCGGACCCCUCCGCGCUCCGUGAGCUCAUCUUCGCGUCCGCCGUCGCUGUUCGCGGUGCCAUCGCCCACGCCUACCUCGUGUUCGACCAAAUCCCUCACCCGGACCUCUUCAUGUACAACACCCUCAUCCGCGGCGCCGCGCACACUGCCGCGCCCCGAGACGCUGUCUCCCUCUUCGCGCGUAUGAACCGGCGCGGCGGCGACGGCGUGAGGCCAGACAAGAUCACGUUCCCCUUCGUGCUCCGGGCGUGCACUGCCAUGGGCGCCGGUGGCACCGGGGCGCAGUUGCACGCCCACGUUGUGAAGCUCGGAUGCCAGUCCGACGCGUUCGUCAAGAACGCGCUCAUCGGCAUGCACGCCAGUUGUGGAGAGCUGGAAAUUGCGGGUGCUCUGUUUGACCGCAGGGCGCGCGAGGAUGCCGUGGCCUGGUCGGCGAUGAUUACCGGCUGUGCUAGGAGAGGGAACAUCAGUGCUGCCCGGGAGCUGUUCGAAGAGUGUUCUGUGAAGGACCUUGUGUCUUGGAACGUGAUGAUUACCGCCUAUGCAAAGCGGGGGGAGAUGGCACAAGCAAGGGAGCUGUUCGACCGGGUACCUGACCGUGAUGUCGUGUCCUGGAACGCCAUGAUUUCUGGGUAUGUGGGCUGUGGCUCGCACAUGAAUGCCAUGGAACUGUUUGAGCAGAUGCAAAGUAUGGGCGAAAAGCCUGAUGUCGUCACAAUGCUCAGCCUGCUGUCAGCUUGUGCCAACUCAGGUGAUCUAGAUGUUGGCCGAAGGUUGCAUUCCUCUCUUUCAGACAAGUUUUCCAGAACUGGUUUUACUGUCGUCCUGGGAAAUGCGCUGAUUGACAUGUACGCAAAAUGCGGAAGCAUGAAGAGUGCACUGGAGGUGUUCUGGGUGAUGCGAGAUAAGGAUGUCUCAACUUGGAACUCGAUCAUAGGAGGAUUGGCACUGCAUGGCCAUGUCCCUGAGUCCAUAGAUCUAUUCAAGAAAAUGUUGAAAGAGAAAGUCAGGCCUGAUGAGAUCACCUUUGUCGCUGUCCUUAUAGCAUGCAGCCACGGUGGGAUGGUUGACAAGGGACGUGAGUACUUCAACUUGAUGCAACAGCAGUACAGGAUUGAGCCCAAUGUCAAGCACUACGGUUGCAUGGUUGACAUGCUGGGUCGCGCGGGGCUUCUGAAAGAAGCAUUUGAGUUCAUUGACACCAUGAAGGUCGAGCCUAAUUCUGUCAUAUGGAGGACUCUUCUUGGGGCUUGUAGGGUUCAUGGUGAGAUCGAACUGGCUGAGCACGCAAACAGACAAUUGCUGAAGGCAAGGAGUGAUGACAGUGGGGAUUAUGUGCUCCUCUCGAACAUCUAUGCUUCAGCCGGGGAAUGGCUAGAGUCGGAGAAGAUGAGGAAGUUAAUGGAUGACAGCGGUGUCAACAAGGAGGCUGGCCGCACGGUUGUAGAUGGCAGCGCCAAGGAUGCAAUGCAGUCCUUCCGGUAGUUGGAAUCACAUCGCUGACUGAAAGGAUUUUUAGCUCCCAGCUUCUGUGUCAGAAACUGAGCAUCGAGCACUGAUAAAAUUUGAGAUGUGGAUGCAUCUGCAG